CCGCCUGUCUCGACCGCUAGCUCUCUCUCCCUCUGACCAUCUCUGCACCUGCACCGGUCCGGCGUAAGGUAAGGAAGGGGGCGGUUUCCCCGGGCGAGAAGAAGGGCGGGGGGCUUUGGUGCUGGCGCGCGUGGAGCAUCGACGACAAGCGGUUGCGGGCGAGCUCCCCUCCCCCGCCCGGAGGUUCCGAGGUGCACGGAGAGGGGCGCCGAGGAGGCUCUGUUGCUGUCGACCACAUCGUAGUUCCCUCCGGUUCUUCGCAGGUGGGCCUCUGCCGCCGUUUCCAGGCCGGGGCUCACUCCCCUAAACCUCAGAAUCUCUCUCGCCGCGGGGGGGCUGUCCCAUGGCGGUGGACAAAGCCGGCGGCGGCGCCUCCUCCUCCUCCGGCGUUGCCACCUCCGCCAUGGAUCGCUUCCACAAGAUCGUCCUUAGUUGGGACUACGUCCGCCUCGCCGCGGACUCCAAGGGCAUGGAGCAGGCGAAGGGGCUGCGGCGCGUGAAGAACACGUACGCCUCGGUGGCCGAGUACCUCGCCGUCUUCGAGCCGCUGCUGUUCGAGGAGGUUAAGGCACAGAUCGUCCAGGGACGCAGCGACGAGGAGGAAGAGGCCGGACAGGACUGGCAGAAGGGGAUUGUGGCAUCGUGCACCGAGUCGGAAGGGUUCCACAAGGUGUCCAUGGCGGUGCUCGAUGAUUUUCGGGAUAUGGUGUCGGAGAAUGACCUUCUGCUGCUCUCCAAAGAGAAAUUUGAAGAGGGAGCGACUCCCAGUGCAUACGCCUUUGCCUUAGUGGAACAGCGGGGUGGCAGAGACAUGAUUUCUCUUAGGACAUUUAUGGCAGGUGAAAUAAAAAAUCUUAAUGUAGCAAAACCUGUGAGCUGUUCUAGGCUGCAGCGUAUUGCUUCCAUUUUUUCAACCACAGAGAGCUUCCUCUGGAUUUUAAAGAUUUGCAGCUUGUCUACCAUAAUGCGAGAAUUCUCGGCCAUGCACUCUGUAGCAUCACUUCCUUUUAAGGAUCUGAUUCUUUCAGCUAGUGAGAAGAAUAGAGACGGAAAUGAUCAAAACCGUGCUUGGAAUGUCCCUGAACCACUUAUGGAUUAUCUUAAAACAAACCUUAAUGAUUCACAACUAGAUGCAGUCAAUGCAGGUCUUUCUCGCAGGUCCUUUGUUCUCAUCCAGGGUCCCCCAGGAACAGGAAAAACACAAACUAUCCUUGGACUACUCAGUGCUGUUCUCCAUUCUGCUCCUGCAAGAAUGCAAACCAAAGGCGGUUUUGAUGUUAAAAAACAUGGGCAAGAGCUGGACAUUGAGGGCAAGCAUGCACACUGGAUGAAGGCCUCGCCUUGGCUGCUUGGUGUAAAUCCUCGAGAUUUAAUUAUGCCUGUAGAUGGUGAUGAUGGUUUUUAUCCUACUGGGAAUGAGCUAAAACCUGAGGUUGUAAGUUCCAAUCGCAAAUAUCGGGCCCAUGUGUUGGUCUGUGCUCCAUCCAACUCAGCACUUGAUGAGAUUGUGCUACGUGUUCUUCAAACAGGAAUACGUGAUGAGAAUAACAACACCUAUAAUCCUAAGAUUGUGCGCAUUGGACUGAAGGCACACCACUCUGUGAAAGCAGUUUCCAUGGAUUAUCUCAUACAACAAAAACUUUCUGGUGUGGAUCGUUCAUCCGAUGGUGGGAGACGAGGGGCUGGUGAAUAUGAUCGAAUUAGAGCUUCAAUUCUUGAUGAAGCAGCCAUUGUAUUUUCAACGCUAAGUUUUAGUGGAUCAUCCAUUUUUAGCAGGAUGGCCCGUGCUUUUGAUGUUGUUAUAAUUGAUGAAGCUGCACAAGCUGUGGAGCCAGCGACUCUUGUACCCUUGAUCCAUGGGUGCAAACAAGUUUUUCUUGUUGGUGACCCAGUUCAGUUGCCUGCUACUGUAAUUUCAUCUACUGCUCAGAAGUUAGGGUAUGGAACUAGUUUGUUCAAGAGGUUUCAGGCUGCAGGUUUUCCGGUGCAAAUGCUCAAAAUUCAGUAUCGCAUGCACCCAGAGAUUAGUAUAUUCCCCUCAAAAGAAUUCUAUGAAGGGGCCCUAGAAGAUGGGGAGGGACUUGGCAAGAAACGUCCAUGGCAUUCCUACAGCUGUUUUGGGCCAUUCUGCUUCUUUGAUGUUGAUGGGAUUGAGUCCCAACCAUCUGGAAGUGGUUCAUGGGUGAAUGAGGAUGAAGUGGAAUUCAUAACUCUCUUGUAUCAUCAAAUGGCCAUGCACUAUCCUGAACUCAAAUCUAGUUCCCAGGUAGCUGUCAUAUCACCAUACAGGUAUCAGGUGAAGCUCUUGAAGGACCAUUUUCGAUCGACCUUUGGUGAUCAGUCUAAGGAAGUGAUAGACAUAAAUACGGUUGACGGAUUCCAGGGCCGUGAAAAGGAAGUUGUCAUUUUUUCAUGUGUUCGGUGCAAUAAGGAGCACAAGAUCGGGUUUGUUUCUGAUUUUCGACGAAUGAAUGUCGCCAUCACCAGAGCUAGGUCUGCUGUAUUAGUUGUAGGUUCUGCUUCGACGCUGAGGGAAGAUAAACACUGGAACAACCUUGUCGAGAGUGCCAAAGAGCGAGGUCGCUAUUUCCAGGUUCCAAAGCCAUUCACUGCAUUCUUUGUGGAGGAUAAGCUAAAAACCAUGAAAGUGGAGAGAGCUCCUCCAGAGGUGAGGAAUGUGCAAGCACUCGAAGCAAUAAAUGAAGCAGUUGUAAGGCAAGAGCUCAUGGAUGUGGAUGAUGCUGGGGACCAAGAGGAUGAAGGGUACGAUGAUGACCCCUUGGAUGUUGAUGAUGGUGGCGGUGAUGACUAACCGUUUUACUGCCAUAGAGGUAUAUAGUGGAGCUAACCUUUUUAGGUGGGCAUGGAUUUUGGUACCCAGUACCUGAGGUUUCAGUUUAGAAAUUCAGUGCCGUGAUUGUUUGCUAUUGUGGGUGGGAGAGGUGGCUGAAUGCGGCUACAUCUUAUCUUAUGUUCUGAAUUAUGUAAUACGAGCCCCAUGCACCAAAAGAACUGAGAACCGCUGAACUGGCUUUCAUUUGCCUGUGCUAUAAUUACACGGCAGUUGUGCAUGAAGGCAGUUUGAUGGCAUUUUGCUCGGUUGUUCGUGUAACCUGUGAUCUAUCAUAUUUUUACGUAUACUUGCAGUUAGUGAAGAAAAUGAUGUUACCUCUAUUUCCUAUGAUGUUCUAGCUCUCUUAGAUUCAUAUUGAUGCCAAUAA